GAGGUGACUGGGGGCAGUGAAAAAAAGCUCCCUGGUGAUUUUUCGGUGCAAAAGGGGGAGACACAAAGAUGGUGGCCCCCCACAAAAAUCCACAGAGAGAAUCACUCGGAGCUUGCAAUGGGGUGUUACCUUCCAACAAAUGAGCCGUUCACACUCUACAAAUGCAUUUACCUACGCAUAAAACAGAAGCACACACGGAUUUAUGCAAUUGCACUCGCGGACGAGGACAUUUAUCCCUUUUUGCAAACUUUUUUCUCCUUGCGGAACGCAAAAUUCACGGCUACACUUUUUUCUUUUUUUUUAUAUUAUUUUCCUCCUCGCUCCGACGCCUAGCGGAAAAUUCUUAAGCUCCCCGGAUGAAACAUUAUGUUGGAGAAUUUUGGUGAAACAUGAGAAAAUCAAAAUAUUAUUGAAAAAGCGAGAAGGAUAUAAAGUAGAUAGCAGAUAUCUGUCUCACUCGCACUGGUAGUUUUUUGGAAUUUUCUUGAGUUUUCCGACGAAUCUCUUUGGGAAAAUGGGUCUAUUUAUGCUCAGUAGGCGAUAUAGGGCUAAUAACGAUGGAAAAACCCAGAAAGAAAUUCAAAAAAUCAACAAUUUCUCAUAGGAAACCUUUCAACGUUUAGCGGGUUUAGCGGCUCUGCGUGAAGUUUCUCAGAAGAUACAACGCACGCUGAUUCAAUCAACGAUUAGUUUUGUUGUCAAAAAAAAAAACUUCACGCGUUCUUUUCUGCGGCAUUUUUGCACGUAAAAAAACUGGCGUUUGGACUUCUCGUGUGUUCACCCUGAUCAUGUGUGAUACCUUCAAAUCGGAGAAAUAAUGGAGAAUCCACUGUGUCCGGAAGACGAUGAUCUGCGGAAGAUUAUCAACAAAUUAGCUGAAUUUGUGGCUCGCAAUGGCCCGGAUUUUGAGGCAAUGAUCAAAUCCAAACAAAUUGAUAAUCCACGCUUCAGAUUCCUCUUUGGCGGCGAAUACUUUGCCUACUACAAGCAACGUGUGGCUGCGGAGCAAGGAAGAAUAAAGCUACAGCAGAGCGAAGGAAAUCAUUCACAUCCAGACUACCGAUUCCCUGGUAGUGCUGGUGCAGAGAUGCAGCAAUUGUGGAUGAAUAAUGAUCCAUUGCCGCCGCCGCAUCAGAAUUCCAUUAAUGUGCAACUGAAGGCGCUGAAUUUGCAACAGAACACCCUCCGGAGUCAAAUAAGGCAGUCAGAGCAGAAUCUUUCGGCACAGCAUACGGCUCUGGUGCAGCAGCAACAGACCUACAUUGACGAGGCAGUACGGAAGGCCCAAAUGGAGCACCUGGAGACACAGGCAGAAGCCACGGGGAUUUCCCUGAAGGAGUUCGAUGAGAUUCUCAUCCCAAUUGUGGAAUCCUGCACAAAAGAUAGCAUUUCAACGGGAAAGAAUUGGAUUCUUCAGCAUACGGGUGAUGCUGCCAAGAGCAAUGUCAUCCUGCAGUACCUCCUGCAGAAGGCACUCAUCCCCGACACGGAAUUCUCCCACAAACUCCAUCUCAUCUACCUUGUCAACGAUGUCCUUCAUCACUGUAUCCGGAAGAAUGCCGUUGAACUCAAGCAAUGCCUCGAGAAUGUUGUAAUUCCCAUGUUUUGCAGUGCACAGACGAUUGCAAAUGAGGCACAAGUGGCAAAAUUGACGAAACUCCUUUCACUCUGGGAAUCAAAGGCAAAUUUCUUCGAUGCAUGCGUCAUAUCGAAGCUAAAGUCCCCGCAGUCAUCGCUCCAAGAGUACCGAACAAAUCUCCUUGUAAAGCAUGCGAGUGUCGUGACUUCCCUCAAUGCUGCCUCGAAGAAUGCCUUUGAUAGCUACCAGCAACAGCAUCAUGCAUUUGUGGCGCAUGCAACGCAGCAAAUUGCAACUUUGGAGGCACAGAAGCAGACUCUUGAGCAGCAGAAUAUGCGCCAAAUGCCGCAUAUUGGGCCUCCGGAACAAUUCUACAGCGACAACAAUGACUUUCAGAACUCACGCGUUCCGCCACCACCGAGUUUGGCACCAAAUGUCGUGCCUCAGGUGAGCAGCUCUCAUGCCGGCUACGGUGGUCACGAGGAGAGUGGGGAUGAUGGGCUGGUGGAUCAGGGAGGGGGUUUCGCGCUGCCACCGCCGAACUUCCAACUUCCGGAUCUGUCGAAGCCACCACCGAACCUCAAUCAACCAGCCCCGAAGCCCGUGGAGAAGGUUGAGGAUCUCAAACCUUCAGUGCCGUACUUUGAUUUACCAGCUGGGUUGAUUGUCCCACUAAUACGGCUGGAGGAUUACAGCUACAAACCCCUCGAUCCGACCCUCAUUCAACUCCCACAGCCAGCUCCACCGAGUGAGAGACUCCUCGGAGCUGUGGAGGCUUUCUAUUCCCUUCCUAGUCACGACAGGCCACGGGAUGGGGAAGGCUGGGAGAAAUUGGGUCUGUACGAAUACUACAAAGUAAAGAAUCAAUCGAGGAAGCAAAAGGAGGAGGAAAUAAUGCAAGGCGUGCGUGAACGUUCACGUUCUCCAAGUCCAAUAACAAUAGAAAUGAAUUCAUUCAAGAAGAAAAAGAAACGACGACGAUAUCGUUCGAAGAGUCGCAGCAAAAGUCGCUCAAAAUCUCGAUCUCCACCACCGGCAAUCAUACGGAAGGAUAUACGUGGGCCACCACAGAGAUUUAUUCCCAAUUCCGUGGGGAACAGCCAUAGAGGGAAGUACUGAGCCAGGGCUGAUUUUAUUUAAAACAAAAAGAAAGCAAAAGGAAUGCCGGAAGAUGAUUUUUUUUUUGAAAAAAGAGACAAAUUAAGUAAAA